UCGUUUUCUUGUGUAGGAAUUAUCAAAGCUAGACUUCCUGGUCCUGUCCGGGAAGGGUGUCUCGGAUGUGGUGUACUCUGAGGCUAACGGCUAACGGCUAGCAUCACUGGGCUAGCCGCCCAGUGAUGCUACAGCCGCUAGCUGCUGGCCUUGAUGAGACAUCCACAACCAAGUUAGCGAGAUAAUACUAAACAUACUGCUAAUACUGUCGUGAUGAAUUCAUUAACGCUAGCUGAAGUCGCAUCUUUUCACAGCAGUCGACUUUUGGUCAAUUUACUCUCGUCCUCUCGCAUUUUGCCGAUUUAAAGCUUAACAUGUCAUUGCAACGGUGCAAUCUACCAAACGCGGGGACCCAAGUGAGCUGAAAGCAAUCUUCCAGAAGUAUGCCAGUGUAGUGGACAAGGAUGGAGAGAGGUUCAUGACCCCAGGAGACUUUGUCCAGAAGUAUCUAGGACUACACACACAGAUCCACCACAACCCCAAAACUGUACAGCUCAUUGCUGCUGUGGCUGACACCACAAAGGACGGGCUGAUCUCGUUCCAGGAGUUUCUUGCAUUUGAAUCGGUGUUGUGUGCACCUGACACUCUCUUCAUUGUAGCCUUCCAGCUGUUUGACAAGACUGGAACUGGAGCCAUUUCCUUCGAGAAUGUGCGGGACAUCUUCAGCCAGACCACAGUGCACCACCACAUUCCCUUCAACUGGGACUGUGAGUUCAUCCGUCUGCACUUUGGACACGACAACAAGAAACACCUCAGCUACCUCGAGUUCACCCAGUUCCUGCAGGAGCUGCAGUUGGAGCAUGCACGCCAGGCGUUUGCCCAGAAGGACAAAGGCAAGAAUGGUGUCAUCUCUGCCAUGGAUUUCAGUGACAUUAUGGCCACCAUCAGACACCACAUGCUUACACCCUUUGUGGAGGAGAACCUUGUCUCAGCUGCAGGUGGCAGCACCUCUCACAUGGUCAGCUUCUCCUACUUCAAUGCCUUCAACUCCCUCCUGAACAACAUGGAGCUGAUACGCAAGAUCUACAGCACACUGGCCGGCACCCGGAAGGACACACUCGUGACCAAAGAAGAGUUUGUUCAUGCUGCCAACAAGUUUGGUCAGAUCACUCCCAUGGAAAUUGACAUCUUGUACCAGUUAUCAGGCCUGCACUCCCCUUCUGGGCGCCUGAAUCUUACUGAUAUUGAGAGGAUAGCUCCGUUAGAGGAAGGAUGUCUGCCCUACCACCUGGCUGAAACCCAAAAACAGGCCCAUGGGGACAGUUCCAGGCCUGUGUGGCUCCAAGUUGCAGAGUCGGCCUACAGGUUCACCCUGGGCUCCAUUGCUGGAGCUACGGGAGCGACAGCUGUGUACCCGAUCGACUUGGUGAAGACUCGUAUGCAGAACCAGAGGUCCACAGGAUCCUUUGUUGGAGAGCUGAUGUACAAGAACAGCUUUGAUUGUGCUAAGAAGGUGCUUCGCUACGAGGGCUUCUUCGGCUUCUACAGAGGUCUGGUUCCUCAGCUUAUAGGUGUUGCACCUGAGAAGGCUAUCAAACUCACAGUGAAUGACUUUGUAAGAGACAAGUUCACCGAAAAAGACGACACAAUUCCUUUAUUUGCUGAGAUUAUGGCUGGUGGCUGUGCUGGAGGCUCUCAGGUGAUCUUUACCAACCCUCUGGAGAUUGUGAAGAUUCGUCUUCAGGUGGCAGGAGAGAUCACCACUGGACCUCGAGUCAGUGCGCUCAGCGUGGUCCGUGACCUGGGCUUCUUUGGCCUCUACAAGGGUGCUAAAGCAUGUUUCCUGAGAGACAUCCCCUUCUCAGCCAUCUAUUUCCCCGCUUAUGCCCACCUUAAGACCCAGCUAGCUGACGAACAGGGCAGGCUGGGAGCUCUGCAGCUUCUCACUGCUGGAGCGAUUGCAGGUAUCCCUGCAGCCUCCCUCGUGACGCCUGCUGAUGUUAUCAAGACACGUCUGCAAGUUGCAGCGAGGGCAGGACAGACCACUUACACAGGAGUCAUCGAUUGCUUCAGGAAGAUUAUGAGAGAGGAAGGGUUCCGGGCUUUGUGGAAGGGAGCUGGAGCUCGUAUGUGCCGGUCUUCUCCUCAGUUUGGUGUGACUCUGGUGACUUAUGAGCUCUUACAGCGGUGGUUGUACAUUGACUUUGGAGGACAUCGUCCGACAGGAUCUGAGCCCACACCCAAGUCUCGCAUCUCAGAGCUUCCUCCCAUUAACACGGACCACGUCGGAGGCUACCGCCUGGCCGCAGCUACCUUUGCCGGAGUGGAGAACAAAUUUGGUCUUCACCUUCCCAAAUUCAAGUCCUCCGGUGUGGUUUCCAUACAUCACCCAGAGCCAGUCACUGUCACGCCGGCUCAGGCCCCCUAGAGGUCUGAAUCUCCAUAUCACUUUGUCAUCCCUCUCCUCCUCUACCAGGAGCCAGACACUUAGAUAGAUACACAAACAAAACACACACAGUUAUAAAACACUCCACAAAUAGGGGCCAUUAACUUAGGAACAAACAAUGCCAGCCCGGUUACUCUCUCCAGGAUGAAGGUGUGCUCCACUGGUCCCCGGCCAGUGGUGGAGGUGGACAGCUGGCUGCAGCUGUGGAUGUAACAGAGCAGACAGCAUCGGGACCAGAGCGCUGACUGUGUUGUAUCUUUAGUGGCUGUACGCUCCUGGCAUCUUCAUCUUUUGUGUUCUUCUCUCCAGCAUUUGUGUAAAACGGAGCCUCGGGCACUCCUCUCUCUCUCUCUUUCUCUCAUUAGUAGCUGAUAUGAUUUUUAUUCUAUUUUCUGUCUGAUACUCAGUGUGAGUAGGACUUCUCUUAUUCGACAGCAGGCAUAGAAAAUAUUAGAUUGGUCAGCAUGGUGUGCGGGGCUUCACUCUCGACUGAUCCUCACAGGAGGCUACAUACUGUACAUAUUGUAUAACUGUACUGAGACAGCACAUUGACAGGAAGCAGUGAAGAAAAUGUUACAAGACAAAUCUCAGUAACAUUCAGUCAGCAUAAUUAUACAGUAACUGUAAUGUUAUGGCAGCAUGGGGCCUUUGGUCCUGGUUUCUGAGAAUCACUCUUACUGAUGUACAGAACUUUUCAAUUAAGUGUUUUCUUGAUAAAACAAGAAUCAUGAGCAGAGAAUUAGGUAUUAAUAAAUUAAAUGUAUCUGAAUUCAAUCAUUGUAUUUUAUUGAAAUAAAUCAUCCAUAUGGUUUUAAUUUUAA